CGUGAUCUCGAGCGGAAGUGCGUCACGCAGUGUCGGCCACACUCCGCGGCCUCCUCUCGCCUCCCGACACCGGGCCCCUCAGACGCUUCGCGACUUUCAUUUCGCGGCUCCAAUCGAGUGAAAGACCGCGUCCACCAUGAGCAAGGCACAUCCCCCCGAGCUCAAGAAGUUCAUGGACAAGAAGCUGAGCCUGAAGUUGAACGGGUCGCGGACGGUAACGGGCAUCCUUCGCGGCUUCGAUCCUUUCAUGAACCUGGUGAUGGACGAGUGCUUUGAGCUGUGUCAGGGCGGCGUGCAGAACGAUGUUGGCAUGGUGGUGAUUAGAGGAAACAGUAUCAUCAUGUUGGAGGCCCUGGAGCGAGUAUAGCUGUCCAUAAGCUCUUCAUGUUUAUGAUGUCAAGCGUUCAUAGACAGUUUCAUAAUAUUCUUGGAAAAUAAUACAUUGAUGCAAUUGUUUAGAUGCAGCAAGGAUUGUUUGUACGUAACAUAAAUGUUCCCUUGUUUAUACAAUAAAGUUGUAAUUUUUACGUUGUGCA